AUGCAGACGAGCCACGUGACGUGCCGAACUGCUGCAGUCUGUGUCCUCGGUCUCCUGUGGGUCGUCACGGCUGUCUUCACCUGCCCGGAGAAAUGUGGGUGUGAUGGCGGGCGGACUAGAUGUGACGCAAGGGGGUUCAAAGAUGUUCCCGCCAACAUACCAUUGGAGACAACUAUUCUCUCCCUGCAGUACAACAGUAUCCAGAACCUGACUGAGGUGGCUUUCUCCAGACUCACCAGGCUGAAGCGGCUUUAUCUGCAGGACAACAACAUCAGCGUUCUCCCUGACGGAGUCUUCUCACAUCUCACCAGCCUGGAGUGGCUUGAUCUGCAGAACAAUGACAUCCGCGUUCUCCCUGACGGAGUCUUCUCACAUCUCACCAGGCUGGAGCGGCUUUUUCUGCAGAACAACAACAUCAGCGUUCUCCCUGACGGAGUCUUCUCACAUCUCACCAGGCUGAAGCGGCUUUAUCUGCAGAACAACAACAUCAGCGUUCUCCCUGACGGAGUCUUCUCACAUCUCACCAGCCUGAAUGACCUUUAUCUGCAGAACAACAACAUCCGCGUUCUCCCUGACGAAGUCUUCUCACAUCUCUUCAGCCUGGUGUGGCUUUAUCUGCAGAACAACAACAUCAGCGUUCUCCCUGACGGAGUCUUCUCACAUCUCUUCAGCCUGAAGCGGCUUUAUCUGCAGAACAACAACAUCCGCGUUCUACCUGACGGAGUCUUCUCACAUAUCAUGAUCAGCAGCCUGGAGCGGCUUGAUCUGCAGAACAAUGACAUCCGCGUUCUCCAUGACGGAGUCUUCUCACAUCUCACCAGCCUGUGGUGGCUUAAUCUGCAGAACAACAACAUCCGCGUUCUCCAUGACGGAGUCUUCUCACAUCUCACCAGCCUGAAUGACCUUUAUCUGCAGAACAACAACAUCAGCGUUCUCCCUGACGAAGUCUUCUCACAUCUCACCAGCCUGGUGUGGCUUUAUCUGCAGAACAACAACAUCCGCGUUCUCCCUGACGGAGUCUUCUCACAUCUCACCAGCCUGGAGCGGCUUUAUCUGCAGAACAACAGCAUCAGUGUUCUCUCUAACGGAGUUUUCUCACAUCUCACCAGCCUAGUGGGGCUUAAUCUGCAGAACAACAACAUCAGCGUUCUCCCUGACGGAGUCUUCUCACAUCUCACCAGCCUAGUGGGGCUUAAUCUGCAGAACAACAACAUCAGUGUUCUCUCUAACGGAGUUUUCUCACAUCUCAUCAGCCUAGUGGGGCUUAAUCUGCAGAACAACAACAUCAGCGUUCUCCCUGACGGAGUCUUCUCACAUCUCACCAGCCUAGUGGGGCUUAAUCUGCAGAACAACAACAUCAGCGUUCUCCCUGACGGAGUCUUCUCACAUCUCACCAGCCUAGUGGGGCUUAAUCUGCAGAACAACGACAUCAGUGUUCUCCCUGACGGAGUCUUCUCACAUCUCACCAGCCUGAAUGACCUUUAUCUGCAGAACAACGACAUCGGCAUUCUUCCUGACGGAGUCUUCUCACAUCUCACAAGCCUGGAGCGGCUUUAUCUGCAGAACAACAGCAUCAGUGUUCUCUCUAACGGAGUUUUCUCACAUCUCACCAGCCUAGUGGGGCUUAAUCUGCAGAACAACAACAUCAGUGUUCUCUCUGACGGAGUCUUCUCACAUCUCACCAGCCUGGAGCGGCUUUAUCUACAGGGGAACCCCUGGAGGUGUGACUGUAGAUUACAGGGUCAAAUGAUUCCGUCACGUCUGCGUAGUAAGAUACAGGGGAACCCUACCUGCAGCUCCCCUCCGCACAUGGAAGGUGUCGCACUGGUACAUGUCGACACAUUCAUUUGUCACGGUCAGGGGGACUGCACUCCGGCAGAGGAUACCUGUGAUUGUAACGUCGGCUGGACUGGUCCAUAUUGUGACAAGGGUAAGUUAAUGGUGCGAGUUGGCCCGAACGAGGACUUUACCCGGAAUGACCAGUGCGGUCUGAAUUACACGGCCACUCUGACGGGUCGGCGGACAGUUGUGUUGCACUGCGAACCGCCACUGCCCGGGCGCUAUGUGUCCGUACAGAUGGUGGGGCUGCCAGGAGAAUUGAAUCUGUGCGAGGUGGAGGUCUACGUUACAGGCAUCUGCUGUGACGAUACCGUACGAAUCGCGAACGGCCAGAUCACCGCUAACGACGGCUUCUGCUUUGGGGAAAAAAUCCAGUUCUCCUGUGACCCUGGGUACGAGCUUGUGGGCGACUUCUGGACAACCUGUCAGAAGAAUGGGAGUUGGGAUCGAGAGGUUCCAAAAUGUAAACGGAUCUGCUGUGACAAUACAAUAGUGAUACCGAACGGCCAGGUCACCGGUCACGACGGCUACUGCUCUGGAAACGCCGUCCAGUUCUCCUGUGACACCGGAUAUAAACUUGACGGCAUCUCCUUCGCCAUCUGCCAAGACAGGAAAUGGGACCGAGAGUUUCCGACCUGUCAACGUAUCUGCUGUGACAAUACAACCGAAAUCACGAACGGCCUGGUUAAUGCUACCGACGGUUACUGCUUUGGGAACGACAUAUUGUUCUCUUGUAACCCCGGAUACGAGCUUGUCGGCAGCUCUUUGGCUACCUGCCAGGGAGACGGAAGUUGGGGUCGAGACAUCCCGACUUGCCAACUACCUGAAGAACAAUCUAUGGAAGCCACCAUUGCUGGUGCAAGUGCCAGUGUCGUCGCAGUGCUGAUUGUGGUAGCUGCCGUCUUCAUGGUCCUCUUAAGACGAAGGAGGAGGAAAAGGAAAGACAGUCUAGUGCAAGUCAGCUACUUUUUACCAGAUGAUGUAAUAAUCCACAACAGGAGACUGCAAGAGUUAGCGGCGGCCCCGCCCGUUCCUGACCGGCCAGAGUUGCCGGGGUUUGAGGUCGAUCCCAGCCGGGUGACGCUCGGUGAGAGGAUCGGCAGCGGGGCGUUCGGCCUCGCUUACCGGGCAACCCUGACAACUGGCGACAAGACGGAGGAUGUCGUCGUAAAAACUUUGAAAGAUGCCCCCAGCGAGGAAGACCGGCUGAGUUUUCUGCAAGAGAUCCGUGCAGUGGUGGCGCUAGGAGUUCAGGACAACGUGCUGAGUCUGGUCGGCUGCUGUACGGUAGUGCGAGACCAUCUGUAUCUCAUCACGGAGUUCAUGCCGUAUGGAGACCUGAAGAACUUCUUACGGAAAUGCCGACAGGAAGAGAUCUAUGACGAACCUCGGGACGACAUUUACAACUUUGAGGUGAAACAAAUGUACCAAGUGGCCCGGCAGAUCGCUAGAGGCAUGGAUCACAUCUCCCGGUCCCGUUACAUCCACGGUGAUCUGGCCGCCCGGAACGUGCUGGUCGGUGAGGAGCUGAAGGUGAAGAUUUCUGACUUCGGGCUGGCAGAAGACAUCUACACCCGAGGUUACCGUCGGCAGGACCGGCUCCAGAGGGUGCCCUGGAAGUGGAUGGCGCCGGAGCGGCUGGAGGAUGGGAAAGCCUACACCACACGGAGCGAUGUGUGGUCCUUCGGGAUAGUGCUGUACGAGAUCAGUACGCUAGGGGGCGAGCCUUACCCUGACGUGGCAAUAGCCCAUCUGAAAGAUCGCCUGCAGGCUGGAUUCAGGAUGCCCAACCCAGAGGGCUGCCCUCCUGGCAUGUACGAUCUGAUGCUGCAGUGCUGGCGUUGGCAGCCCGCCGAGCGGCCGUCCUUCCGCAACCUGGAGCUCGACCUGGAUAGUCAGCUGGCCUUCUACGGACCCGAGUACGCUAGAACAGCUCCUGCCACUGGAACAGCACCCAAACCUACAGCAUAA